AUGUCGAUCGAUUUCGUUAGCGAAACUAAUCAACAUGUAGACAAUAUGUCGAUGAAAUCUGAAAACAAAGUUCAUCAUCAUCAUCAUCAUGAAAAUAUACAUUCUGGAAAAGUCGGUCGUGCUGUGCUUUUAGCGGCUUUUACUUCAUUAGGUGGAUGGUUUUUUGGCUACGACCAAGGUGUUACUGGUGGUAUAGUUGUCAUGAGCUCAUUUAAAAAUGACUUUUGUGUUAAUGUGUAUGCCAAUAAAACUACGUGUGAUCUCCCAGUUGUUGCUUUACCUUCCGACUACAGACGAUUUCUGGUACUUUUUACGUUAUUGUAUAAUGUUGGAUGUUUUAUUGGUGCUGUGUUCAUUUCUUCAUUUGUGGCAGAAAAAUUUGGACGUCGAGCGAUUAUUUUCACGGCAUCACUAUUCUUUUUAACGGGUACUUCAAUGGUUAUUUUUCCACCAGGGGGUUCUAAAAAUAUAAUGAUUUUAAUACUUAUCGGACGAAUUGUUGAAGGAAUAGGUGUUGGUUGUUCUUCAUUUUCUUGUCCAAUAUACGCUUCAGAAAUAGCUCCAACAAAUAUUCGUGGAAUGCUUUCUGGCUUUAUGCAAAUGACGGUAGUAACUGGAUUGUUUGUUGCUAAUAUUGUAAAUCUUCUAUUGCGAAAUCAUAAAUGGGGUUGGCGAUUAUCAAAUGGAAUUAUUUUAAUUGCUCCAAUUACGAUAAUGAUUGGCAUAUUUUUUUGUCCUGAAACUCCUCGAUGGCUAUUCAAGAACAAGGGUCGAGACUUAGCAGAGAAAAGUUUAAAACGUAUUCGUCAAACAGAAGAUGUAACUGCUGAGUUAGACGCUAUUGCUGAUGCCGUACAAGAGGAAGGUAACCAAAUUUCAAUCAAAGAACUUUUCACAACAAAGAAAAUGCUUGAAAGACUUGGUGUUGGUAUGGGCAUACAUAUUUUACAACAAGCAACGGGUAUUAAUCCAAUAUUUACAUUUGGCGGUAUUAUUUACGAAAGUGUUCUCGGAAAGGGCAUCAUAGCAUUAUUAGUUCUAUCUGGUGCAAAUCUACUAAGCACAAUACCAGCUUUGUUCUUAUUUGAUAGAUUAGGACGUCGAAAUCUUCUCAUAUUUGGUGGCUUAGCUAUGGUAGUGGGUCAUCUUGUAGCAGCUACAGUAUUUGCUACAGGUUGCAGUGUAGCCAAAAAUGUUAUUAAUGGUACAACAGCAACUGAAGAAUUAGUAGAUUGUAAAACAAGUUCUGGAAUAUUAAUGCUCGUCUUUACAGCUAUUUUUGUAGCCUGUUUUGCACUUUCUUGGGGACCAAUUGCUUGGAUUUAUGCAGCUGAGAUUUUUCCUCUUAACGUUAGAGCUAGGGCUGUUUCUAUAACAACAGGAAGCAACUGGUUUAUGGGUACAAUCAUGUCUUAUAUAUUGGAGCUAAUAGCUCCAUUAGGGAUUCAUGGAUUAUUUUAUCUGUUCGGUGGUCUAACUUUAUUGGCCGUAGUAUUCGUAUAUCUUUUCUGUCCAGAAACAAGAGGAGUUUUACUCGAAGAUAUUGAAGAAAAAUUUGAUGAUUUUCAGUUGAAAAAUAGAACAAUAAUUAAACUAUUACGUAAACCGUGUCAAAAAAACCAAAAAAGAUCGGCUAAAGUGAAUGUAAUUGAAACGGAAUGA